AGCAUUUCUCUUUACAAUAACUUAAAGAACGCCAAAGGCGUUACAUUUAAUUUUUUAUUUCUAUGAAGUUUAAAUAAAACUAUGCGAGAAUACUUACGUUUGGACAUAAUACAUCAAAUCAAUAAAGACUGGCAGUUAUGGUGCAAAAGGAUGUCAUUUUAAAAACAGUAUGUUUAGUGGUUUUCAUGUUACAAGUGACAUUUAUCUAUGUAAAAUUCAAACCUGAAAUCCAAAUGAAAAUCGUAUCAAACUAUUAUUACAAUGCAAGAAAUAAUACCAAGAAACCAUUGCUGACUCUUUUUACUUCCUGGUCUGAAGACAAGGAGAAAUAUAUUUGUCGAAAUAAUACAAUUAACAACUGGAAUCUUUUAAACGAAAAUGUCGUAAGAAUUUUAUUCACAAAUGAUUCUGCGUUGUCUGAUCGAGUGAGGUCCAUGGGUUGGAAAGUGCUUCCAAUAACAAAGUUAGGAACAACAGGAGUGCCUGUUUUAAAAGAUAUGUAUUAUGCAACAAUGGCUGCCGAAGAUUCCUCAUUUUACGCCUACACGAAUGGUGACAUUCUCUUUACUGAUGGUUUGAUCAAAAGUAUAAAAGCUGUGAAGAAAUCAAAACUCGGAGGUGCGCGAGACUUGCUUAUGAUUGGUCAACGCUAUGAUGUACGUAAUGUCACUGAAAACGAGGCAACACAUUAUUACAAACUUAUAACUGCAGUAAAAUCUAGAGGAGUUCUUCAUCGUCCCGAAGGAAUCGAUUACUUCAUCUUAAAAAAAACUUAUCCACUUCAUGAUUUUCCUGAUCUUGUCAUUGGACGAAAACAAAUUGACACCUACCUCGUUUCGAUAGCUGUCAGCUCCUCCCACAGUCACGUGGUCGACAUCAGCAAGACAUCAAUUGCUGUUCACCAGGUAACACUACCUGGAAAGAGAGGCGUUAGCGAAGGACAUUCUAAACAAGACUCAUCAUAUAAUGUCAAAUUGUUAAAAUCAAUGUCAAAGAAAUGGUAUACAAGACGGGGUUCAACAAUGUGUACUCCAUUUUACACAAAGAGGAGUAAAAAUAUGACGAUUAAAAUAAAAGACAGAAAGACAGACAUGCACAUAAAAUGCACAGAAAACGAUAAAAAUAAAAAUAAAGCCAGCGAUUGAUAACAACAACAAAAAAUAAAUGAAAAAAGUAAUUCAUGAUCAAUAUGCAUUUCUCUUUUGCCUUUUUUCUUCCUGGUUACUUAUUUGUUUGCGUUUAUAGUGGUAAAGAUUAUAACACAAUGUUGACGGCUAUACCCCUAUCUUUGACAUUUUUACCUAUAACAUGUAUGUCUGUUUGUUUCGUUCAAAAUCGUUGUCAAUAUAAAGGAAUUUGAUGAUGCGACAGUCAUACAAGUGAAAGGUUUAGCUAGCUAUAAAACCAGGUUCAACCCACAUUUUCUACACAAGACAAUGCAUGCUCU